AUUCACUUACUUGCCUACAAAUUACUACUUUACUUACCUAUUCUACCCACUCUUUACCACUAUUUUACCACGAUUACCUCCGUUACCACUCUGCUACCUUACUACCUUACCCCUUCACUUUUUUUUUUUUCUUUUUUUUUUUCGCCCCCUCUCCUUCCAUCCUUCCAUCCCCCUUCGGCAGCCAAGACUCCGUAUCCUUCAUGUUAAAAAUGGGCACGCAACGCACCCCUUGCGUAGGACAGAGUGCGGAGCCGUUCGGGACCACCGGUUCGCCCACCCGAUCGGACCCCGAAAAUGAUUCGGACCGGCACAUUCCCCAUUCUGGAAGUCUGUCGUCGUCCCUUUUUUGUGUGCGUUUGUUUUCGCUGAUGCCUGAGCACAUUUUUUUUAUUUUCGUUAUUUUUCAUUUCAAUUCCCUCAAUUUUAUCUUGACUCCAUACAUAAAACCUCGCCACCACAUAUUAUUCAUAUCUUCAUUUUAUUAUAUUAUCACUAUUCCCACGUCCACCGUGUAUCACCAAAAUAAAUUUUACCAAAAUAUCCCCCCCAUCGAUCCAUUCCCUAUUCCAUACGCAAAUGUGCCCCCUUAAUCUGACGUGACACAGGAUCAAUUAUUAUUUCCUUUUCGCUCGCAUUCGCAUCUCCGGCAAAAAGUACGCCACAAUAACACCCUCUCUCUUCCUCCGUCACUCUGUCCUUGAUAAUCAACGUU